GAUAAAGCGCAUAUUUGCGCAACAAUAGUAACAGAUGCCCUCGCUCGUUCAGAAUGUGAUCGAGUUUUCGACGAAAAGAACCCACGAGGAGAAUUUCAAUUUCCGCUCCUCCCAAAGGAGCCCACGGAUAACUCCAUAGAGAAAAAUAUUACAUUGCCUAGGAAUUUGCAGUGUGUAUACACGUUUGUCGCGGGACCGAGGCAACGCGUAAAGCUAGAAUUUGAACAUUUUCAUCUCGCUGGUAGCUCCGAAAGCUGCGAGAUUGAAUAUGUAGACAUUUAUUCGGAGCUUGAACGGGUCGAAUCUGAUCUGCUAUCCGCAUCUUUGGGUGGCAGAUAUUGUGGUACCGUAUCACCUCAUGUUAGAAUAAGCCUUCAUCGUGUGCUUGUGCUUGUUUUUCAUUCCCGUGCCAGAGAAGUAGACCGUCAAUUUGGUUUUCGUGGACGAUACUCGUUCAUUCCAGACACAAAAUAUCAAGCUGGGACACCACUUGGCGGCGAGGGUGGAUGCAGUUUUUUAAUAGAGGCUUCUAAGCGUAAGAAAGGCGCUAUUUUCUCUCCUACAUAUCCCGGCACCUAUCCUAAAAAUUUUCACUGCUCAUAUUUGCUCAAAGGAAAAGCCGGUCAGCGUAUUCGUCUGUUCUUUCGCGAUUUUGAUAUUUACUUUGGUGGCGAACAUUGCCCUUACGAUUCUGUUACAAUAUUUGAUGGUCCCACAACCAGUUCACCAAUUAUUAAAAAGGUAAAUGUUGCCUUUGGGGGAGCAGCAGUAUGCGGCCUACAGCAACGGACCGAAAUGUAUUCUGUCGGCACAGAAGCACUCAUUCAUUUCAACACCACUAAUCCAGCCAAAGCUGAUCCACGAGGUUUUGUGGUGGAAUAUGAAUUUUCGAAUAGAUUCGUCGAUGUAGCUCAGCUAUUACAUGGACAGAAAGGUGUAACUCAUAUGCGAGGCACAGAAUGUGACGUUAGAGUGGAGAGUAAUCGAGAAACGACUCACUAUAUCUACUCGCCAAAGGUAAGGUAA